GACACACUCCGGAACUUGUUCAACAAACAUCCGGUACACAAGACUGCAUGCACCUCAAUCAAUUCACAACCAGGCAGCAAAAUUACUCUCCUCUUCACGACCAGGCACCAAAAUUACUUUCGACCCCUAAUUCGACCUACCAGGAACUGUGAUUUGUACAAAUUACUCCCACUCUCUCGAUCCAAUACUUGCAACGACUCUCCAAGGCUCGCCCAACAGCCACCAAUAAGCACACACCUAACCCCUCCCUGUCUACCUUCCCUACCAAAACUACCAGCUUGAUCAACUCAGCUCAUUGCCCGUUCCCUUUACAAAUUGGGGAAAGGACCUCCACUAUGAGUGGUCGACCUGUUCCCAGAGACCGGAUCUGGUCUCGUCGAGAAAUCGAGGGACUUAUAGCAGAAGGGCGAAAGAUCUUCAUCCUCGACGAUCAGGUUAUCAAAGCUGAUGCUUGGCUUCCAUUCCACCCAGGAGGUGAAAAGGCCAUUUUGCACAUGAUUGGAAGAGAUGGCACAGAUGAGAUCAGAGCCCUUCACUCUCUGGAAGCGCAGGCUCAGAUGCAAAGAUACGUGAUUGGAAAGAUCAAAGGAAGAUGGGAAAACUUCUUGCCUCCCAUCCAAGGCGGUGUAUUCAGACCCAACUUUCACAUCGAGGCAGACGGUCCUUCUCAACCCCGUCCUCAAUCCGAAACAGGCUCUUCUUCGACCACCAGCAGCGUCCCACCAUCACCUGUCUUUGAUCCCGUCGAACCUUUGAAUACUGGCACAAAAUCCUCCACGUCAUCGGCAUCAUCAGUCUUCGAUAACGACCUCGAUGUCAAAUCCGACCCGAUCGAAACUCGACUCGCUGCCGAGAGAACCUCCGAUCUUCUCAAGUACCCUUCCAUCGAUCAUGUUUCACAAGAUAGUAUCGUCGAAAAGUACCGCGAGACUGAGAGACUCAUCCGUGCCGCCGGACUUUACCGCUGCCCAUAUGGGUCUUAUGCUAUCGAAUGCACUCGCUAUUUGCUAUUGCUGGCCGGUUUCCUCAUCACGCUUCACUACUCCUACUUUGCCUUGUCAGGCGCUUUUCUAGGGGCAUUGUGGCAUCAGCUCGUCUUCACCGUGCACGAUGCUGGCCAUAUGGGAAUCACUCACGAUUUUCACACCGAUACAUGCAUCGGAAUACUCAUUGCCGAUUUCAUUGGCGGACUUUCGAUUGGAUGGUGGAAACGAAAUCACAACGUUCACCACAUCGUCACCAAUUCCCCUGAACAUGACCCGGACAUCGAACACUUGCCAUUCUUCGCUAUUACUCCCCGCUUCUUCUCAUCCCUUCGCUCCACCUACUACGACCGUGUUCUAAAGUUCGAUGCCCUUUCUAAAUGGGCGGUUUCCAAGCAGAAUUGGCUUUACUAUCCCAUCUUGCUUUUUGGACGCUUUAACCUCUACCGUUUGUCCUGGGAGUACCUCUUACUGGGCCAAGCUCCCAAACGCGGCCCUGCUUGGUGGCAUCGAUAUUUCGAAUUAGUCGGUCACGUCUUCUUCUGGACGUGGUUUGGUUACGGCGUUUUAUAUAAAUCAAUCCCAACAGCUUGGGAUCGCUUCGUCUUUGUCAUGAUCAGCCACAUGUUGACGGCGCCACUCCAUGUUCAGAUCACCCUAUCCCACUUUGCCAUGUCGACCGCUGAUCUCGGCGUGCACGAGUCUUUUCCGCAAAAAAUGCUUCGCACCACCAUGGAUGUCGACUGUCCAACCUGGCUUGAUUUCUUCCAUGGAGGCCUACAAUUCCAGGCUGUUCAUCAUCUCUACCCUCGAAUCCCGAGGCACAACCUGCGUGAAGCUCAGAAAUAUGUCAGGAAAUUUUGUGCCGAAACUGGCAUUCCAUACGUCAUUUAUGGGUUUGGCCAGGGAAAUCAAGAGGUCAUUUCGAGACUGGGUGAAGUUGCAAAGCAGGUCAGAGUGUACGAGGAAUGUCGAAAGGUAUGCGCCAAGGAGCUCGUUGAGGGCCACGGAUUUGGGCAUUAGAAUAGUUUGAUGAUCAACAUGAUUACCAUUCAUCUGCCAGCUGUGAUGAUUCUCCCACACAUGGCAGGCGGCCCUUUACGACGAAAUGAGAGAAGACAUGUAUAUAUUGUAAUAAAUUAGACCAUGGAGAAUUUAGAUUAGAGCAUUAUCUGCAUCUAUGAUGACCAUGCAAUGCACAAGGACGCAGGGUCCAAUCAACAAAUAAA